UCUGUUUCCACGAGUAAAUUGGGCCAGACUUAUCUACGGUCGCAAUUUGUCCAGAUACAUGGCUCAUGAUCCAACCUACACCAACUUCCAGGUUGCCCGUGGAAGCAGGGAGGACGACAAUGUGUACAGCAACUUCUGCAAUCACCAGCGGCGUAGCGACAUUCAUCGAGGGAAACAAGGUUGGACAGGAGAAGUUUCGUGUGGAGGCUGGACCUUCCUCUGUGGAAAAGCUUGCAUCUUCUACUUCAUUCUGGUGAUCUCUUUCUUAAUCACACUGAUCCUGCUCAUUACCUGUCUUGUAAACAUCUCAUCACUGGCAACAAACGUGCGUGACACACAGGAGAAGCUGACCCAGAUUAAAACAACAGUCUCAUCACUGGCAACAAACGUGCGUGACACACAGGAGAAGCUGACCCAGAUUAAAACAACAGUCUCAUCACUGGCAACAAACGUGAAUGACACACUGGAGAAGCUGAACCAGACUCAAAGAGAAGUCUCAUCACUGGCAACAAACGUGAAUGACACACUGGAGAAGCUGAACCAGACUCAAAGAGAAGUCUUAUCACUGGCAACAAACGUGAAUGACACACUGAAGACGUUGACCAAGACUCAAAGAGAAGGCACUGAUAUGCACUGUUUUAUAAAUGGGAGCUCCUGUGGUGGGAGAUGCUGCCUCUUGUUGAAGCAGUUGGAUGGGAGAAAGGCCGACAAACUAUGCCCAUCGAUAGAGGUUCGGCUUGUAACAAACAACAAAGGGAAGGAACAGGACUGCUCAGAGACAAAUACUGAUAACUCCAACAGCAUUGGAACCCAAUACGAGACAACAUCAGUUAGUGGUGUUACCGCAUCCAGCGAUGACCAGCAUUAUUCCAAAGUGAAAAACGGCUAAUACAUCACAUUGGAAGAACUGCCUCUAUUAAACAGACACAUUCUAGGAAAUUAGCCUAUGUUUACCGACUGCACAAUUACUAACAUGGAUUAACACGGCAAGUACACGGGGCUACAAGAGGAUCUGCCAGAAG